UUCCGUCAUGGCAGCCGUCGCGUUGCGCACGGAGGAGCUGAGAAGGUGAAGUUGAGAAGGGUGACAGUGAACAGCCGAGGAAGCUGCCGCAAUACCACAGAGAUAAAGGUGCAAAUAUGCGCGAACGACCGGCCAGCUGAAGGAGUGGACAGGGACAUUCAAAGGCCUUCAUCGUUCAUUCUGGAACACCACUGUUGAGGCGCUUGCAAAUGGGGAUGGGCCCAGUGUUCCGGCACUGCCCCUGCCUGCGGCCGGCCCGAGAGGAAGUCCGGGUCCUGGACUACGCCCACCACGGCCUGGAAGACGUUCCCUCGGAGGUGUUCAACUAUGAGCGCACACUCGAGGAGCUGUAUCUCAAUGCAAACCAGAUCAAAGACCUACCCAGGCCGCUAUUUCACUGCCAUGGAUUAAGAAAAUUGAAUCUAAGUGAUAACGACAUUCAAACUCUACCUCCCGCUCUAUCUUCACUCGUCAGUCUAGAAGAAUUAGACAUUAGCAAAAACAAUGUGAUAGAAAUUCCUGACAACAUCAAAGGAUGCAAAUGCCUGUCCAUAGUAGAAGCAAGUGUGAAUCCUGUUGGAAAACUUCCCGAAGGCUUUACGCAGCUCCUAAAUAUAGAACAGCUUUACCUGAAUGACACGUUCCUGGAAUAUCUUCCUGCAAAUUUUGGGAGGUUGUCUAAGUUAAAAAUUUUGGAACUGAGGGAGAACCAUCUCAAGGUUCUUCCAAAGUCCAUGGCUCGCCUGACAGAACUGUCUCGGCUCGACAUUGGCCAGAACGACUUUACAGAACUGCCAGAAGUCAUUGGUAGCCUCCCCAGUAUGACCGAGCUCUGGUGUGACAGUAACAGACUGACAUCUUUACCUUCAAUCAUGGGAAAUCUCGUCAAGCUCACCUAUUUGGAUGCCAGCCGGAAUCGCAUCUCCUUCAUUGCUGAUGAAAUCGAGAACAUGACCAUGCUCUCUGAUCUCACACUCACCACAAAUAAGCUGCAGAAGAUUCCAGAGACGCUUGGCUUUUUGCAGAAUCUCACAACAUUGCGCCUUGAUGACAAUCACUUAGCAACCUUGCCUGAUAGCAUUGGACAGUUGUCCAAACUCGAGGAGCUCAUUAUUAACAGCAACGAGAUAGAUUCACUGCCUUCAACGAUUGGGCUUCUUCGAAACCUGACAAUACUCAUGGCUGAUGACAACCUUCUGGAGGACCUUCCGCCAGAAAUCGGUAGCUGCGCCAAACUUCGCGUCCUGUCUCUACGAGACAACCGGCUGUGUAACGUUCCAGACGAGCUCGGACAUCUGUCCAGCCUGCGGGUUGUGAACCUUAGCGGGAACCAGCUGAGACAUCUGCCCGUCAGCCUGGCCAAGCUUGGAGGGCUUCAUGCACUCUGGCUAUCCCAGAACCAGACAAAGCCCUUGGUGCUGUUGCAGUCAGACAUGGACCGUGAAACAGGACAGCGAGUACUCACCUGUUUCCUUCUGCCACAGGAAUCAUCAGCUGCCCACCCAGAUAAGCCUAAUGCUGUUGUGAAGGAGAACGACGGUGCGCCUAGUGAACGGAGAGGCACCAUCACUUUUGCCUUUGACACUGAUGUGGAUCGACCGGGCCGUCUCGUCCGUUCACCAACUCCUUACCCCAAAGAACUGAAGGCGCGUGCACGGCAUGUGAGAAAUCUUCGUAGGCAGAUGAAUGGUGAUGUGGUUGGUGCUGGAAACGUUGUUGUGUCACAGCCGACAUCUCGCUUGGAGGGUUUCAGCAGGGCAGAGGUGCCAGGCCCUGAAAAGCAGCCACCCGAAGUGGUGGUUCGCGAGGCUAAAAUUGUGCAGCCAACGUCGCCCUCGGGGAACCCCCCCGAUUUGGCUCAGGUGCAUACCGACAGGCCCCACGAGCCUUGCAUAAUAAGGCACCAGCAGGACAAUAACACCGUGCCCGCUGAAAGCUUUGCCUGUCACCAACCUACUCAAAGCUCGUUUGCAACAAACAACAACCUCCCAAUGUGCACUGACCUAGAAACCGUCAGGGCAGUAGCAAGCCCAUCACCCAUCCCGGUACCUCACAUUAGCUCCCACAACCUUGCCACGCCUUCUGAACUUUACGCGAAUCAGCAAACCCCGGCCGGGCUGCAUGCAGCCAGUGCAGAGCACCUCUACCUCCAUCAUCAUCAUCAACAUCAUCCGGCUUCGCCACAUCUCUCUUCAGCAGCAGCUCAAGUGUCACAAGGAUCGAUGCCGCCUGUUGUCGCUGUGCACAGCAUGCCCGCACCACAGUACAGCAACACGCUACAUCCCCAUCACGCAAACAUGGUGCCACCACCUCGCAGCCCCGUGCCUUCAUGGGAUCACACGCGGCACCAACAGCAGCAACAAUACGGCGGGGACGUGGCGGAGUUGCCACCGGGUAAUGCGAUAGCAUCAUCACCCCACCGCAUCCCACGGCGCCCUGUUGACAAGUACCCGCCUUCAUCGAGAGCCAGCCUCGCAGAAAAGUUUCAGCACCGUCUCAUCUCGGAAGACUCGCAAGAACAGCUGGGCUACAAGAGCGAUCAGGAAACUUAUGUCCAGCCGACCCGGCCUCUGUCGGCUGCUUAUCACGAUGGCUACUCCAGUGAUUGGGACACAGUGACUUUGCCCCGAGGACACUCCAUAUCCCACCCCCCUGACGGUAGCAUUCAGUACUUUCGGGGGGCACCCUGCUCCCCUGGCAGAACGCUUCCACGCCGAGGUUCGAGUCCGGUGUCACCCAGGGUCAUGUCAAGGUCUCCACACAAGGUUGCCGGAUCACCGGUUCAGACCUACACAGUCCAAGCACCGCAUCCUUUGAAGCCUGUGGCUGGGAUGGCCGACGGGACUGCACUGUACCUCUUGCCGGAAUACUGUGGGGAUGUCAGGACUUCGAAGGAAGGCUACAGCUUGCCGGUGCGACGCAGCCCGCAACCGGGAUGGGGACCGUCCGAGAAGUUGGCUCCGCAUGCAGAAAGCGAAGACCUUCCACCGUCUCAGUCAAGCUCUUCACUAUCGUCAUCUCUCUGUCUGCCGAGUGAGGAUCCGUCUAGCCUAACCUCGGAGGGUGUCACUCCGGAAGGUGCUCCUGCCCCUGGUGCCCCCUGCUUCAGGGCAGCCUCAGAGCAGUGCGAGCAGCCAGCACCGCCCUUGCCCCCACGGCCCCGAGCACAUUCGGGUGAGGGCAGUGCAACAGCCCCAACGCCACCACCAAAGCCUGAGUUCUUGCUCCAGCGAAGUGUUUCCAGUCGCUCAACAGAUGCACAGGAGAACCAGAAUGAAAUCGUCCUGGACAAAGGAUCAGAUGCAGAUUUUGUUCUGGAAAACAGGCCAACGUCAUCGGGUGUAUUUGUAAAGGAGGUCAACCCACAAGGAUCAGCAGCAGGGAAGCUGCAAGUUGGGGACAAAAUACUGAAGGUGGAUGACCUAGAUGUAUCUAAUGCAGAGGUUAAUUAUGCCCUGGGAGCACUUGUCAGUGCUGGUUCCAAAGUCAGGCUUACUCUGCUGCGACAGCAAUGACAGUAAAAUCAUUUAUGUACUUAACAAAGUGAUCCCUAAAGCAUCUGUCAUAACGCAAACAUUGAAUUCCCUUGUGGUAGUCAUCGCUUUGACCCUUCACCAAAGCAUUGUGAAAUUUCUACCGAAUGGUGGCAAUAUUUGUGCGCGAAAACCUGGUGGCACAAGCUCAACAAUGAACAAAUGCAACUUUUGCACCACUUCUUUUUUUCUUACCAUCUCACGUGGAUUCUACUUCCAUUUCGAACAUUCAAGCACAUUUUCAAAGGCUGCUGGCCUCUGCAUGGAAAAUGGCCUACUGUUGUGAGGUGGUGUGCAGCGGAACGCACUGUGUGUUGUCAUGGUGGAGGUGCUUUCUUUGACGUUUGUCCACGACGUACCUGACCGACGUUCGUACAGUUUGGGAAAUGCAUUUAGUGCAAGACGUGCAAGACUGCUGCAUUCCGGCUCUGGGUUGUUGGAUGCUGUUCGCUUAAAGGAGCCCUGAAACAGGCUCAGGAGAGGGUGACAAAGGUAGCACUGUUGUUUCGCAAACUUUAAAUGUCUGAGAGCUUGGCUGUGCUGACGUCGCGUGUCUCUCGGCGUGCAUUGUUCUUGUGGAGGAGCGUUGUGCGGGGGAUUGCUGCUCACAUGCUGGUGUCACUACCCUUGCCUUCUGUUUUCAUUCUGUUUCAUCUCUUAGAAUUAUUUAGUUACGUGAGAGACGUUGAGUACCGGUUCACUCCCUGCGGAAUGGAAAGAGGCUAACAUUGUUGCGAUACAUCAAGCUGGAAUGAAAACUCAUUUGCUGACAACUCCCUGAUAUCACUCGCAGAGUCACAAGUGUCUGUUGCAGAUCACUGGAACAUAAUAUUUACAUCACUGUAAUGAAAAAUUCUGAGCAAAAUGAGCACUACACCAAUGAGCAUGCACUCUGAGUGAUGUCAUAUGCCUCACGGUCGGUGACCCAGCCGGUCGGUGACAUCGCCAAGUAGUACAUGAGCAGGACCAUUUCUUUAGCUGUGGAGGUCAUCGGCUGCCAUGCUUUGGUCAUCUGGGUGGGGCCUCCCCUGCCUUGUUGAAUUGUAUCUGACUGUAGUUGUAUUCAGCAAUGGCCUCUUUUAUUCUUUUGACCCCAGUGAGCAAGUUCAGAAUAACAGAGAACUGAGCUAGUUGGUAGGUAUUCAUGUUAAAAAGACAGGGCGUGCACACACGGACACUGAGAGAGAAGUCAAGACACCACAAACGUCGACUAACAACUGAAAAAGGUGCGCAGCGGCAGAAAAGAAGAUAGACACAAAAACUUAUCUGCGCAUGCCCAGGCAAGAGAAGAUACCUAUCAGUCCGGCACAUGUGGUUGGCAUUUGUGGUGUCUCGACUUCUCUCUUGUGUCCAUGUUUGCAUGCCCUGUCUCUCUAACAUGAGCAAGUACGCAGCGUAUUUCUUGAUUUUAAGACUACACAAGCUAACAUAAGUUAGCACAAGUUAGCUUUUGGUAUACACUUGACGAUAGUAGAUUGGAUCCAUAACUAUUUAUUGGGUCGAACUCAACAUAUGCUAAUGAAGGUUCUUGGUCUCAUGGUGGCAAUGUAUCAUCUGGUGUCCCCUGGGGUUUUGUUUUGUGGCCCCUAUUGUUUCUGGUUUAUGUCAGUGAUAUUGUUCAUGGAAUUCAAAGCACUGUGUGAUUGUUUACCGAUGACCGUGUCAUUUGAAGGAAUGUUAAAGAUGGUUCUGAAGUCUCCUCUUAAAAUGUGAUUUGGACAGUGUAUAGCAUUGGUGUGAAAAAUGAAAAAUGCAUUUGAAUCCUCAAAAGUGCCAACUUCUAUGAUUCACAUGUGAGUACUUCUGCUUAUGCAUUUACAUUAUUGCAACUACUGCUCUAAAGAAAGUACUUAAAUGUAAUACCUUGGCGUCACUUUUCCCGAAAUUUAACCUGUACUACUCAUAUCAAACAUGUAACUGCCAAAACUUGUGAAAUGCUAAAUUUAAUAAGAUGUAGCCAAUGUUAAGGGCAUUUUGUACCUUACAUAUAUAAGACCACUUCUCGAAUACGCGUGUGUUAUGGGAUCUGUGUUCAAGAACUCACCUUCUUCUUUGGAGUACGUGCAAAGCCUAGCAGCAGAAUUUAUCAUAGGUAACUACGAAUUGGAGAGAAGUGUUGCAGUUGUUACAUGAAGCUUAGCAUGGCCCGCUUUUCAACAGAGGAGGCUAAACAGAAAGCUUGAUUUGUUUGAACUGCAUUUACGUUGAGAAAUGUAACAUUAAAAAGAUGCAUUGUUUGCUACUUUUGUAAUCUUUAUUCGUGCAUCGGGACAAGGCAUUGAAUAUGAAAGAAAUAUGUUUCGCAUAUGGUGUUUUUCGAAGCUCCCAUUCCCACAAGCAUUUAGUGGACGGAACAAACUGCCCAAUGGUAUUGAGUAAUGCGUGUCAGGAAAAAACUUACCAUCCAUUUUUGUUCAACCUCUCAUAAUUUUCUUUCCCCUGAUUAAAUAACUUCAUUUUGAACAUGUGGCACACCUUUGCCACAAUUUAUGCUUCGUGUUUGUCUGGCACAUGGUUCCUUUGUAAUUUAUUAUCCGUUGUUCCCCUUGCAAUAAUUCCUUCCUAUGCACUCUGGUUAACUUGCAUAAAAAUAGGUAAAUUAAUGUUUUAGAGUUUCUUUAAAUUGAUAUUGCCUCUAGUUAGCUUGCGUGUUGCAUCUAGUUUGUAAAAAGUCGGGGGCACACAAUCUUCUCUGGGGCAGCCAUACUUAAGCAUGUUUAAACGUACUUAAUCUAUAAGUAUGUUUAAAUUGGAAACUUCACAUCGACAGAAAAGGCAUACAGCAUAGAACCUGUGUGUGUGUUAUGUGCUUUUUCAUCCACGUCCACCCUGCUCUUUUUAAAUCUACUCACUCAUCGACUAAUUUUUGUAACGAAACAUUACUUAAAACUUUACAUUUUCAACUGAAAUCAAGUGCGUCUUAAAUGGAAUCUCAAUGAAAUGUUCCGUUUGUCAUGGAUUGCUUUUGAAUGGCCUAUUCUCUUGCUAUCCCAAAUUCAUUUGGUUUCUCUGGUUAUAUAAGUUUAACGGGGUGAGAAAGCCAUGCAGUUUACGCUUGCAUAUUGAUGCACGUUCAUUACUAGAGCAAUGCUGGGGGUGGUGUGUUUUCAUGUUUGUUUCAAUUGUUACCAAGAAUCUCGUUCGUUUGCAAUAUGCCACUUGUGCAGUAAGCUGUAUUGUACACUCAUGGGAUAGUACUCACAUGCUCCAUCCAUAGCUGUGCGAUCUUGUUCACCUAAGUUAUUUAUCUAGAUAGCCUUGAACAUGAAGUGCAAGCCGUCUUCGCUGCACCCCCGGUCACAAACAUGCAAGUUUCACGCUGAUUUUGGACGUUCUUGCCAUUGCCUGUGUGUAUUCUCCGGUGGCAUUAGCAACAUACGUCUUCACUUUUCUUUCAUGCAACUUGUACAUAGUGUGGCAUUGCAUAUUUGCAUUGUGUAAUACUAAUAAUUUGAACUGCGUCAUACUCAUUCAUCAUGCCUUACUUUGUGUUUUUUUGUUUGAUGCCAAGGAAAAAGGGAGUUUCCAAAACUGUGUGAGACAUUAUUGUUAUUUGCAUUGGGAGCUCAAUAGCCUGUGUUAACCAGCGUCUUUGAAUGCUCUACUUUGUUCAUGCCAAACUAAGAAACAGUUUCUUUUCUGUUUCCAUGUGUGUUAUUUGUUAUUUAUUGUGACCUUUAAGAUACUCAUGGGCACAGUGAACAACACAGGGAGUGAGUAUUCAUCAUGAUAGUUCAUCAACACCAAGCUGAAAUUACACCUGAAGUGUGUAACAUGCUCAAGAGUAAUCUAGAGUUUGCUAUCUAGAUAAUCUAGAGUUCGCUAUCUGCUUUCAUCUUUCUUUUCCCAUUUUGCUGUUAACUAUGUUUUUGUGGACAGUUAAAAGUUUUAAUCGGCGUUUUUCUUCUGAGGUGUAGGGUGGGUUGCGGAUCACUUAUGAGAAAGCUCGUUGUUGGUGCUUACUUUACUCAUGCGAAUUGGAAAAGAUGGUGGUUUUCACUUUGUUAAAAUGAUAAUUAUGCUUCGCAAAUUCAGCAAUAUAUACAUAUAUAUAAUAGUGCAGCUUCUAAAUAUAGAAAACUAUUUAUUGGCAUGGCUAAGGUCUGUCGAGAGCUGAACGUCAUGUAAAACCUGUUCAGUGCCAGAGUUUUGCCGAUAUGUUCGUUGUACAUGUGUAUCCUUAGAAACUGUUGCAUUACAACUGCAUUUCACAAAGCUUUUUGCGUCUCAGAUAGUGUUGUCGCACAUUUCAGAGGUGCAGUGUUUUUGUUACACUUACAUCCAGCGCAGUCAAAGCAUUAGCUGUUGAAUCCUCAUUCAUGGCUCCACAAUGUUCUAGUUGCUGCAUGUUACUAUGACCUCAAAGCUCAACUUCAAAGAGAGACUCAUAGGUUUAGCUCAGCGUACGUGGUUGGUGCCCCGGCGUGCCAGCAUCAGUGAACAUAUCAUACGAAAGGCCUGUCAUGCAAGUGUUUUGUGAUACAAAAUACCGCUGGAGAUGUCUCUGCCUUGAAUUUGCUCAGUUGUUCACGGGUGAAUGAAAGCCUGGGUGGGAGGAACUCGAGGGUAAAUGCUUGUGUGACAUUGCCUUAUCUCCAGACAGGACUCUCUAGAAGAGUGCACGGACACACCUCGAUUUCAGGUGUGCCACUAAAUUGUCGUGUUGCAUGAAGAGCUUAGUUCAAAAGCACAGUAUCAAAGAGCUUAGAGAGCAUAUAUUAGACCUGCAUUUAUCGAAAGUGUUAUUUGAUAAUGAAUAUAACACCGGGGCUGCUUGCUCAUGUUUUUGUUUCACCUUUUCUAGUUGAAAGUCAAGCAGAGUUCUGCGUAUUCAUACGAACUAGGAGAGGUUGUGGCAUCACUAAGCUGUUUUCGACAGUGCUGCCUUAAGCUUUACUUAAGGUCAAUUGAGUGCCGGUAGCUUGCCAGAAAAUUAAAACCUUUGGAGCCGAGGCUGCUUGUUAUGCGAACAAAAUGUUUGUACAGAUUUCACUUCCUGUCACAUGAAGUAGAAGCGUAUUUUUAAUAAUUAGGUGUUUCUAUAGUUGCAGUAAAAUGACACGAGCAUUGACGUGUGCCUCGAUCCGUGUGUACUACAGUAGACGUUGCCAGGUUGGAUGGGCAGUGUUACGAAUGGAUGUGAGCUGUUCCUUGUUCUGCCAGCGUCACAGCUGCGUGAACACUGACCCUGGUUGAAUUCAGGCUGUCGAAGUUCAAACACCGUGUUCAUGUUCAUAGCGUUGCUUAUACACGCCUCGUUAAACGACUUAGGUAGGAUGCUCGUCUAUUUCAGCAUCACUCUCACUUUCACUUCAAUGGAAUCCCAUAUUGGAAUCACUUGUUUGUAAUUACAAUGUUUGUACAUAGUGCUCUAGUGCACACACAAAUGCUUACACUCACUCAAGAUUGUGUUGAUGCUCACUUUGUUGUUUAUUUUCCCUUGUUGACCUUGUUUAUUUGUUGUUUCCCAUCUGGUGUGUGUGUGAUUUGAUUACCACUGGCACUUGUAUAUUUUGACCCGAUUGCGCGAGGUGCAUUGUGUACUCUCUCAAUUACAAGUUACGACAGCAAAUAAAGUGGUGGUUUGUGA